AUGUCUCAGUAUUACCAAGAGACGCAACGCAAGGAAGAUGUGGGAACCUUGCAAGCCAUGUUUGGUCCACCUUGGACGGCUGAAUUGCUAGGUGUUGUGUUGGAUUUUUACAAUGGAAAUGUGGAUGAAACUGCCAACAAGUUGCUGACAUUGAGCGAACAUCACAAUGGAAAUCCAACUCCCUUGGUCGAAAGUCUCUUGUUGUCGGGUGAAACGACCCGGCAAUCAGCUCCCACAACAGCCCAAAUACUGCAAGAACGAGCAUCAUCAACUAGUAGAGGCACCGUGGCUCAAAUCCCUAAAUCCAAAAUGAAAAAACCUCCUCCACCCCGCAAAACCAGGAUCAAAGUGAGCUAUGCGGAUGACAGUGACAAGACAGCCACAAUUACCAUCCGGAAACAAACGCGAAAACGCAUUGGAACCAUCCAAAAGCUGCCCCAAGACUUUCUAAGAAUUCCCCAAAAGAAGCAGGAACCUCUAUUCAACCCCAAAACAUUAGACAAACUCGGUGACAUGCCGUCAGACCUUUUGCCGAAUCGCAAUCAGCAAGCAAAAUGGAACAAUUACAGACGAGCCAGCGCUCCACUGGCCGAGACGAGCAAUCAACCUUCGAAAUUUCAAGCUCUAAGGAACAGUAUCAAUUUCCCAUCCUUUCCUUCUACUGCUUCCAAAUCAUCUUCACCAGCCGACAACGGCCACAAAGACGCGACAAAGAGAAGUUUUUUCAGUCAGCAAGGACAAGAAAACCGGGCACGGGCUCGGUCGCCAUCAGACGGCAACAAUAGCCUACUAAGCAAGUUUUCCGUGCCAAAAAUGACAGCACCCACAAUCACAAUGCCCAAAAUCCAACUUCCAUCCAUAAAGAAUACGUCUCCAACAUCAUCCACAACACAGACAUCCUCGUCUUCAACGCCUCCUUCGCAGCUCAAGACGGCACCACCAGGCCCCCCAGGACCACCCAUGGCCUUGUUUUCCUUGACAGAUCGAAUGGAAUCGCAACAGUCCCCUGCCCCUCCACCCAUGGGUAUGUUUUCUCGCCCUAAUGAAGAUGGGCACUGGUUCGCAGACAACCAGCAACAACCGGCACAAGGUUUGGUGACAACUUCGGAAAAUGAUUUGCUCAGUGGUGGUGGGAGCUACGGCUUGGCUCCUCCUGAAUCAGCGCCAACCGACGAAAAGCCUGGCAAGUGGGGGCUGUCAAUCCCCGCAGUUCCUUCUCUGACCAAGAAAGCCUCCAGUGACGGCAAUCCUUCCACCACCAACAACAGCAGCAACAACAACAAUAAAUCAAUGUGGAACUUUUCGCCGCCUUCCUUUGCCUUUUCCAAGAAUGAAUCGGAAUCGCCGCCACAAGAAUCGGCCCCUCCUUUGGACAACAAGUCGACAAGACGAUGGACUCUGGCAUCCAUGGGCUCUGCAUUGAAAGUGUCCACAUCUUCUGCAAACAGUCCACCGACAUUGAACGACAUCAUCGAUAUCAAUGACUACUCCGAUUCGUUCGGGAGCAUUCCCCAGGUCGAGUUUCGAGGAGUGACAUUGAAGCAGCUACAACAACUCGUGGAAAACAUGCGCCGCCAUUGCGUCAUGGAGCAAUGGAAAAGUGUGGAAACGGGAAGAGGGCUGCAACCCAAACAUGUUUCCAUGUAUGAUUUGGUAAGGCAUUACGUGAUUCCUCACACCCAGGCCAACUCGUGCAGUUUUGUGGAACAGGCUUUCGGAAAGCAUCAUUAUGAACAUGGACUACCUCGUCCGCCACAAUGGUAUAUCAGCCACACCUGGAACGACACGGUCGUGGAUCUAGUCCGUUGCAUUGAGCAGCAUGCCAUAGAUCGAGGUCUGGAGACUGAUGAGACGGCCAAGUACUGGAUCUCUGCCUUGAGCAUCAAUCAACACCAGCUUGGAGCGAACGUUGUUGCUGACCUCGAUACACUCAGUGACGACUCCAUGCUCCAGGAUCCACGCAUGACACAACGCAUCCUGCAAGUGACUGAAGGGAUUCUGUGUGUCAUUGACAAGGAGAAUCGCUACUUCUCGCGCAUUUGGUGUCUCUGGGAAAUUUUCUUGGCGCUUGAACGUGCCAAGGUUUGCCUUGACAGCGGUGAUGAUCGAUAUCUGGUGGAUGUCUAUACCCUCACCGACGAGGAGGGACCACCCGUAGGGGUGACAGAUGGCGCGGCACAAGUCGACAAAUACAGACUCAAGGAAUCGGGCAGCAAGGACGAUAUCGACACCCCAUCUUGCCGACAAGUAUGCAGCGAAAUAGAAUGGUCCGAGCUCCGCGUCCUUCGACAAUCGCAGUUUCGCUACGAGACUUGCUUUGAUGCCUUGAAAGUCAACCUCGAGUCGGCUCGGGCUUCUCUCGAAGUUGACUCUAGACGCAUCAUGAACUGCAUUGCCCAAUACAAGGGCAUCAACCACGGCGCAGUCGACAGCACACACGACGCCGAGGCAUUGACUCUCCAUCCGUCCUAUUCGCAUGUGAAUGCGCUUAUUCAAGGAACGUUUGCCGGUAUGUGCUAUCGGCAGGCUUUGGAGGCUGCUUCGAAGGGGGAUGAACAGGGGCUGAGCAACUUGAAAGUUGUGCAGGCCGCUCUUUCCUCAUCUUCCAUACACAACCUGGAGGUGUGUUUUGCUGGUUGCAGCGCAUUUCAGAUCCGGGAGGCUCUAAAGUUCGUGGAGAUUCUACCCAUUUCGUUGCAACGCCUCGACCUCGACUACAGCUUCCUCGAUUUUCAGUAUGCCGAGGAAUUUGCUAUGGGUUUGGGUCGGCUUGCUCCAAACCUUGAAGUAUUCAAACUCAAUUGUGCGUUCUGCUCCAAGUUGUCGAACUUGGAUAAACUGUUUCAAGAGCUGGGAAAACUUAUCAAUCUGCUGCAAUUGACUUUGGUCAUUCAGCCAAACAAGAGUAUCACGUCGGUGGACGGCUUGACAGCGGCUCUUUUGGAAAUGCCAAGGCUAGAGAAAUUGGAGCUCGAGUUUGAUUGUUGCGGUGGAUACUCGAGAAUGGUCACGGCUGCCAAGGGCGGAGCAGCUGUCAACAACAUUUCUUCCAUCUUCCGUGGCACAUCGGAUUCUUCUCGACUCACCCAACAGUUCGACCAAGUGUCCAAGUUGGCGCAUCUGGACAUCAACGGUGCCUACAUUGAUGAUUCGAGUAUUACUAAACUGUGCCGAUCCAUCAAGUCAAGGAAUUUUGAUUCAAAGAUACAGAAGUUGAGGCUUAGAUUCCUGGGAGACACGGGGAAGAAAUUGCGAGAUGUGGAAACCGUCGAGGAUUUGGCUGAAACCCUUCAGCGCAUUCGGAAUGGCUUGAAACUUUUCUCUUAG